UUUAAAAAAAAAAUAUAAUAGUCAUAUGACAGUUCCAAUAGCAGACAAAUUUAAUAUAAAAAGUAUUGCAAGUGUAAUUGUUUUUUUGUUUUAGAGUUGACUAGUAUAUGUUUAUAAACUAAGAUUAAUUGGAAAUGAUUUUCCUAUCUGAUUGUCACAAUUAUUGCUAGGAACCUUUAGAACAUUUUGUUUCUAGGUAAUGGCGUAAAAUUAUUAAAUGUAUUGUGAGUAUUCGUAUUUUGUAUGUCUUGUCUGUUAAUAUAUCUUGACUGAAAACAUAAUUUGUAUAUAACGUUUGUUAUAUAUUAUGGGAGCAAUAUUUUCUUUAAACAUACUAAUAAAAGUACACGGAAAAUCAUCUUCCGUUCGCUCAAAUAUUGCCGAUUAUUGGUUAAGAUUAAAAAUUAACAGUCAUUCUAUACGAUUACGAUAGCGACUGACAAAAAUGAAAUUGAAUGAGCUUGUUUAUUGGUAUCAGAAAAAAAUUGGUACUUAUGAUAAGCAACAAUGGGAAAAAACUGUGGAACAACAUAUUCUUGGAGGAUUUACACAUGUUCCAAUGAGAACUGCAAAAUUAAAAACAGAACUUAUUGAUGUAGAUCUUGUACGAGGUUCUUCUUUCCCAAAGGCUAAACCAAAGCAUGGAUUGUCAACAGUAGCUUGUUUGGCACUUCAGCGUUUAUUAUUUCUUCCUUUAUAUAGAAAAUGGUGGAUACAGCAGACUAGUUUAACAAUUUUUGCUUUAUUUUUAUUAUUAUAUAGUUUGCAAUUAAUCAAUAUGUGUAUAUGUUUUUGUCAAAUGACAAAGGACAAUGAAAGUGAUAUUAUAUCAACAUCAGAGGUAUUAAUACCCGCUAUUAUGAUGUUGACAUUAUGUAUCGUUCAUUCUCAUAUUGUGUCAACUCAUUCAGGACCAACAAUAGGUGAUGGACAAAAUAAACAAAAAAUGGUUAGACGUUUAAGACAUACGAGAUGUCGAAUAGGUAAAUCAAGGACAAGACAAAAUUUGCGGUUGCGUGAAGAUUCUAAAUCAUCUCAAGAUACAGCAUCUGAAAAAGCUAGUACAGUAAGUGAUGAAGUAUUAACAUCUGUGCGAUUUGCUAAAAAAGUUGUAAUUGAAAAUUCUUUGACCGUUAGUCGAUCGCAGGAAUUUCAAACAUCUUGUGAUAAUGAGCCAAUGAAUGUGGCUGUGAAUCAUCCCCUACCUAUAAAUGAGGCUUCAGCUAGUCAUACUCAAUCAAAUGAAGUUUCAGAUCAAAAUAUGAAAAAUGUACAUCAGGAUGAUGAUGGAUUUGAAAGCUUGAAUGGAAAUGUAUCUAGUGAUAAUGAUAAAAGCACUGCACGGACGCCAGUAGAAAAACUUAAACACAAAAGAGAGUUACUUAAAAAUAAUGAGGAACGUAUUCUUUGGUUAGAAGAUUCUACUAGUCAACAAGUUUCACAACCAAAAUUUUCAGCACCUGAAUUGUUAAAAUCACAAGACAAUUCUUCAAAUAGUGAAGCAGAAACUUCUAAUAAGGUGGAUAAAGAUCAUUGUCUAGUAUCAAGAGAUGGACGACAACAAUGUGAAAGUGAAGAAGAAGGCGAAUGUGAAGAAACAAUUACAAAUCAUUUAACGGAAGCUACAACAUCUGCUACAGAGUGGAUGGGAGUAACAACAAAUAGCGAUGAAUGCAGUUACAGUUCAGAACUUGAAGAAUCUGAUCUACGUAAUGAAACUAACAAAAAUUAUGGGGAAUUUGUUGAACAUCCUUUUUCUUGGGAAUUUGAAUUACCACCCUCCAUAAUGCUUAGUUCUAAUUGUGCUUCAUACGAUCGUGUUUCCUGUACUAUAUGGACACGACGUGACAUAAAAAAAGCUGAACUAUCAGUGUUGGAUAUCAGUUCAGCUAUUAUUGCUAGAGUAGAAUCAAUGCCUGAGAGUAUGAAUUAUUUUUAUGGAGGCUUAAUGCUUAGUGUGGUAUUAGCUUUAAUACCAUCUAUUAAACGAUUGAGUGAUCAUGUCGGAAUGGACAAUAGUAGUAAUGUAACAAGUUCCUUAAUACCAAAUGACUUGACUUAUGUCAAUUUAGAGACAUAUAGUGAUAUUUUAUCUAAAGUUGUAGAUUUGGCUUUUGGGACAACUCUUUGGGAACGUAUAGUAGUGCUUAUAUCAGCAUUUGAAAGACUUACAUUAUCCUCUUUAUUAUUUUUUUUAUUAGCAGUUGCAGAACGUACUUAUAAACAAAGACUCUUAUAUGCAAAAUUAUUUUCACACUUGACUUCAUCAAGACGUGCCAGAAAAUCUGACUUACCUCAUUUUCGGCUAAAUAAAGUACGCAAUAUAAAAUUAUGGUUAAGCGUUAGAUCUUAUUUGAAGAGAAGAGGACCCCAACGUUCUGUGGAUGUAAUAGUAUCAGCAGUAUUCAUUGUUACAUUAUUAUUACUAUCAUUUGUGAGCUUGGAAUUGAUUAAGGAUCUUGAAAGUUUACAUUCCCGAUAUAACGUUGAAGCACUGUUCUGGAGUUUUUCUCUUGGAAUAUUUAUAUUACGUUUUAUGACAUUGGGUACAAAAAUUAAUAAAAAAUACAGAAACCUUUCUGUAUUAAUAACUGAGCAAAUUAAUCUAUAUUUACAAAUAGAACAAAAACCACAUAAAAAAGAAGAGCUUAUGGUAGCAAAUAAUGUACUCAAAUUAGCAGCAGAUUUGAUAAAGGAACUUGAAUGUCCAUUUAAAAUAUCUGGUUUAUCAGCUAAUCCCUAUUUAUAUACAAUUACAAAAGUGGUACUGUUAUCUGCUCUCUCGGGUGUUCUUUCAGAAUUACUUGGAUUUAAACUUAAGUUACAUAAGAUAAAAAUCAAAUAAAAGGAGCGACAUUAU